AUGGGGGCUGAGGAUUCAGGGCUGGAGACAGGUGAGAAACCCCGAGACGUUAUCGCCACAAGGGGCUGCGGGCCGUGUCCGUGGAAGCGAAGGGGAGCGGGCACACCCCAGCAGCUGGUGAACCCUGCGCAGGUGCCGAAACCGCGCACCUGCGCCGAGGAGCUGAGCACCUUCAGGCGGGGCAGGGCCUAGCCCGGUCGGAGCUUCCACCACUUUAGAGAAGUGGCGGCGGGGCGGAGGCGAGCGGACGAGACGGAGCUCACCGCGCCGGCGGUACCCCGGGGCGGCCCGGCCCGGCCCCCCGGCCCCAGCGCCGGCGGAGCGGGGCCGCGCCGGGCCAUGGCGGAGCGGGGCUGCCCCCGUGCCGCGCGGGGGGAACGUGCCGGGGCGGGCAGGCGCGCCGUAGCCGCACCAGAGGCAGAGGGGCCGCGAGGAAGCCGCACCGUGCCGGGGUCGCUGGAGCGCCGCCACUGCCUGUACCUGCACACGGGCCGGGGUGAGCGCGUCCGGCGGGAGCCGCUCCCUCUGUCCUGCGGAGCGCAGCGGCUGGCCCGGCUCCCUCCCGCGCUCCUCUGCGGCCGCAGACUCACCUCGGCCUCCCCUCCAGCCUGCUGCCAGAUGGUGGAGGUUCUGCUCGCCGUCCUGAUCCUGAUCUGCAGCUCCGUGUCCUGUGGCUCGGCGGGAGGAUACACCGGCCUCCCCGCCCUGGGGGGCAUUUACUACUACCAGUACGGCGGGGCCUACAGCGGCUUCGGCGGAGCGGAGGGGGAGCGAGCCCAGCAGCUUGACCAACGUUUCUACCUACUGAAGCUGCCCAUUGCAAGGGCAGCGAUGGUCGUGGGUGGGUGUCUCCUGGUCUUCCCUUGUGUUCUAAUUUUGGUUAGUGUUCUGCAGGUCCCGUGGCACUUCCCAGCAUGGCUGCUGAUUGAAUGCACCUUGUACAUAGUGAUUGCAGUUAGCACUGUGCCUGCUCUGUACUAUUUCCUCCAUUCUCUGCUGAGCGUUUAUAAUUCAUCAGUGUGCAAAGAGAGAGAGCAGCUUUAUCAGAGCAAAGGCUAUCAGGGCUUCUGGUGCAGCCUGCAUGGGGCAGAGAUUGCUGCCGGCCUAUUGGGCUGCAUGGCUGCCAUGGCAUACCUGCUCAGUGCAGGCCUAGCUGUCAGAGAUUACAGGACAGUUCAUGAACAGAAACAGAAGCCACUGCAAUUAUAAGAACUUUCAAAUGAUUCUUCCACUCCAGUAAUAGUCUUGAUUUUUGCCAGUCUUACUGAGAUGAAGCAGUAUGCUUUCCUUUCUUCUGGACAGCACAGCCUUAAUGCUACAGAACACUCACCAAGCUAGCAUAGCUCUAAAUAUGGUAGAGUCAGGUUAGCGGUAACUUGAAUUUGCAUUAUUGAGUUAUUAGUGGCUCAAAGCUGAUGCAAUGGAUUGUCUCGGCCUCAUAGGCAGCCCUUCCAUGCCACUCUCAGGUGCCCUCUUCUCCAGUGAGGCCUUGCCACAAGUACUGCCACUACAUGCUUUUGUCAAUGAACAGCUUUUUGUAGCUGAAACUGUCUACAAAAGGCAUGUGACUCUGCUGAGAAAAGAGCUCUUAAAAACAAGUGACUGAGGCCCAUGGUUGUGACAAUUAAAUAUUGCUUCCUUGUAGGUCUCUUGGAAUUAACAGACCACUGUGAACAUGACAUUUACAAAGCCAUGAAAAUAUCCUGAAAAAACCUCUCAAACUCAGUCAAACUUGUGAUAAAAUGCCUUUUCAAACUCCAGGAGAGGGUGCAUUUAUGUAUGAAAUGGUCUUUUUAUAUGACUUGUAUACAAGAGUUUUGCU